ACGCGCGUGCCCGCUGUCGGACUUACCUUAAAAGGAACUGACCUUGCGCAGGCGCAGUCGCGGGCUCGACCCCCUUCCAGCGGAAGGAGAUCCAUGGCUUUCGGGUGAAGUUUCGGGUUCCUCGGUUCCUGGAUGACAGAACAUGGACUUCCGGACCGGAACCGCGGCCGUGGUUCUGCUCCUGGCUCUUCUUUGUGGAGGUUCUGAAGGCUUGCAGAACCUCACAGCAGAACCCGGGCAGAACGUCACUCUGACGUGUGACGCUCCUCAGAACCUCACGGUCCUCGUGGUAGAAUGGAGGAGAGCCGACCUGGGGCAGAAGAAGCUGUUCGUGGUCCGACAGAACCGCCUCAUGGAGGGCGUCCACCAGCAGUUCAGGAACCGAGUGUUUGUGCCAGAAGAAGCUGAAGGAAGCGAGUCUGUGGUGGUGAGGAACGUGACGCUGCAGGACAGCGGCACGUACACGUGUCAGAUCAAGCAGACCGCCAGCAGAAUCUCCGCUCCUCUGAGGGGGACCUCCAUCCGUCUGCUGGUGACUCCUCCUCCAGGAGUCGGAGUCAGAAAUGGAAGCAGACCUGGACACGAUCAUCUGAUGGUUGGUGGUGUUGCUGCUGGUGGUGCUGGUGUUGGUUUUGUUGUUGUGGGUUUGGUUGUUUGUUUCAUAGUCAAAUACAAAAAGAACAAAGACCACAAUGAUCCUGAUAAUAACAGAAAUCAGAGACCAGAACGGACUUCUGUGGAAGAAAUCCAUCUGAACGGAGACAACCCGGAGAGCAGAAGUUCUGCUGCCUGAUCAGAACUUUUCUUCAGCAUCUCCAUGGAAACGGAGCUUCAUGAAGCUCAGACUCUGAUUCUCUCAAGAGGGACGAGCUCAGUCAAACCUCGGGCCUUCUCUGAUGAAGCUGCCUGAGCCAGAACCAGGAGAACCGGCAGACGUUCUCCUCCUUAUCUGAACCAGAACCAGGAGAACCUGCAGACAUUCUCCUCCUUAUCUGAGCCAGAACCAGGAGAACCCGCAGACGUUCUCAUCUGAGCCAGAACCAGGAGAACCCGCAGACGUUCUCCUUCUCAUCUGAACCAGAACCAGGAGAACCCACAGACGUUCUCAUCUGAACCAGAACCAGGAGAACCGGCAGACCUUCUCCUCCUCUCUCUUUCCGUCUGCAGCUUGGUUCUGCAGGUCCCCGAGGGAUCAGCUGAUGAACUGUGUUUGCUGGUGGAGCCGGACCUCCUCACUGGAACCAUGUUCUCCGUGCUUUAUGGACAGAACGGAACCGUCUGCCAUCAGGAACCUGUGAUAGAAACUUUAUCGAUAUUUAUUGAAUGAAAUGAUGAAUUUUGUACUUUUAUAAUAAAUGGAUUUGAAAAGAG